AUGGCAGCCUCUGAUGAUUUGGUCGAUUUCGAUAUCAUCGAAGCACAAAAGGAAAACGUCCAAUCACUCCCCGGUGGCCGAUCAGCCAGAGAACUCGCCCGGAUAUUUUCAGCCGGCAGCAAUGGUGACAAGAUCCCCUCGCCAUCGCCGAAUGGCACCAGGACCAUCAAUGAUGCCAUGCGCCAAGAAUUCGAAAGUGAAUUGCAGUCGAUAGGAGAAUCGGACGAUCCGCUCGAUGUUUAUGACCGUUAUGUCAAAUGGACUCUGAACGCGUAUCCGUCCGCACAAGCGACCACCGAAUCCGGUCUUCUCCCCCUAUUGGAACGGGCAACGAAGUCGUUCCUCUCAUCAUCACACUACAGAAACGACCCUCGGUAUCUACGAUUAUGGCUUCAUUAUGUUCGACUCUUCUCCGAUGCCCCGCGCGAAACAUUUGCCUUCCUUGCACGUCAUCAAAUUGGUGAAAGUCUGGCUCUUUUCUAUGAGGAAUUUGCCGGGUGGCUGGAGGGUGCUGGUCGGUGGUCACAAGCCGAUGAAGUGUACAAGCUCGGCAUGGACCGUGAGGCGCGACCAGUUGAGAGAUUGGCACGCAAGUACAGCGAGUUUCAAUUCCGAUACGACCAACGCCAACAAGAUACCGGGCCCUCGUCGCCUGCUUUGCCGACUGUCCGUCCCGCGCUGGCCGCCAAGAUGAACCCGUUCGCGCCAUCAGAUGCCCCUGCUGGUCCACAAGCUUCACGGCCCUCGCCUCAGACGGGCGGUACCGCGAAAACCAAGUCCGGAAAGCCUAAGAUGGCUAUUUUCUCGGACGCUGACUCUGCUGCGCCCGGUCCCGCAACUGGUGGGUCGACAAAGGGAUGGGAUAGCAUUGGAUCGAUUCGGGACCGCAAGAAGGAGAACGAAGUGGAGCCAAAGCCAUGGACAGGAGAAACACUGAAGGUUGGGAAGAAAGCAGCGCCAACACAAAAGAUGGCCAUCUUCAGGGACGAGGACUAA